GUAAGACUCUUAUAUCUAGAAGAAGAACUUCCUUCCUUGUGGAUUGCCUCGAAUAUUAUUGUGACCCUUAGAUCGACACACUUAAUACUAUCGAGCCCUUAUCAGGUUACCUAACAUACUACCUAGUCACAUUCAACAUGGUGAAACUCCCUCCAUUCGAAGUCGAGCAGUGGAUGGACAAGUAUGAGAACACUCCGGGGGUUCUCAAUAUCGCCGAGACAUGCUGCUCAUCUAUAUCGAUUAAUCGAUUAGCUCAGUUCAACAGCGACCAACAAGCAGAUGCACACCAACUUAUUGACUUUUCUAAACCUAUGACAUACGGUCCAAUCCUGGGAUCUGAUGAACUACGACGGAAUAUAGCAGCUACCUACAACGAAGAUGAGAGCAAAACAAACACGCAGACUCCUUUACUAACGACAGACAACAUCAUCGUCACUCAAGGUGCUAUAGCUGCCAAUCACUUAGUAUUUUACAGCUUAGUUGGACCAGGAGAUCACGUUAUAUCUGUGUUCCCAACCUACCAGCAAUUAUAUACCAUUCCCGAAUCCCUAGGAGCUGCGGUUUCACUAUGGAAACUAAAGCCGGAGGAUGGCUAUGUACCUGAUGUUACGGAGCUAGAGUCUCUAAUCAAGAGUAAUACAAAGAUGAUUGUUAUCAACAAUCCCAAUAACCCAACAGGAGUGACGAUACCAAAGGAAGUGCUGUCAGAGAUCAUCAGAAUUGCCCGAAAGCAUGACAUCAUCGUAUUUUCAGACGAAGUUUACAGACCACUCUUCCACAGCAUCGAACCAGAUAAGAUACCGUUAUCAGCCAUCUCAAUGGGCUAUCCUAAGACCGUAGCCACGAGCUCCAUGUCCAAGGCCUGGGCAUUAGCCGGUAUUCGGGUCGGUUGGAUCGCAUCACGAGACCCAUCCAUUAUCCAGGCUGUCGCAUCAGCCCGGGAUUACACCACUAUUAGCGUGUCACAGCUAGACGACCAGAUAGCGCGAUACGCAUUAAGCGCCUCUGUACGACCGCAGCUCAUAGCGCGAAACAUGUCUCUGGCCAGGAGCAACCUUAAGAUACUCGAGCAAUUCGUAGCAGAGCAUUCAAACACAUGCACCUGGGUGAAGCCGACAGCAGGUACGACGGCACUUGUGCGGUUCAGGAACAAAGAUGGAACGCCAGUCGACGAUGAGCAGUUCUGCAAAGACGUCUUGGAGAAGACCAAAGUUAUGUUUUUGCCGGGGUCGCGAUGUUUCGGACAUGGCCAAACCUCCUCCUUUGACGGAACUGUUCGCAUAGGGUAUGUGAGCGAGACGGAGGUGCUCCGUCAGGCGUUAGAGGAGCUUGGUGGAUAUAUUACCGAUUAUCUUAAAUGAUGAAUAUUCCAGUCCCCUGAGAAUUGAUCGAAAUCAUAGAUUUGGUCUCGCGUUGAAAGUUAAGUGUUCACCCCAACAAGUAGAGCUUAAUUGUGUAUAUCAAUGAUGCAACCCAUGAUUUGUGUAACUCACAAUCUCUUUUAUGGGAAUAUGAAUGCGCCAUAAGCUAUCUCAGCAAUCU